UCCGCUUCCCCUCGGCCCCCGGAGCCGCCGCCGGAGCCAUGAUCGGGGACCUGCUGCUCUGCGGGACGCUGCUGGUGAACGCCGGUGCCGUGCUCAACUUCAGGCUGAGGAGAAGGGACACGGAGGGAUUCGGAGAGGAGCAGAGGGAACCCACGACCGGUGACAAUAUCAGAGAGUUCUUGCUGAGUCUCAGGUAUUUCCGAAUCUUCAUUGCCCUGUGGAAUAUCUUCAUGAUGUUCUGCAUGAUUGUGUUAUUUGGAUCUUGAAAGCCACCCAUGGACACAUUGGAAGAAACUUUUGGCUGGGAACAAACUUUUCUAGAAAUAAAAGAUUCUGCUACUCUCCAGCUGCAGCCCUGGGCCUGUGGGGAGCUGGGACAUGCUUGUCCCCUCCAGGUUCCUGCUCUGCCAGGGCUUGGAGCCACAACCUUCACACAAAUGAUCUCAGCUUCACUCAAAGAGAAUUUUGACUUGGUUUUCUAAGCUCAGAGUUGAGAGCAGAGGAGAAUUGAAACCAGUUUUAAACCUCUGCCUUGCCAGUCCCAGGUGAGGCUGUGCCAGCUCGAGUUCCCCCUGUCCAAGUCACACUCCUGAGUUCUCAGUUUUGUGUAAAAGUUGAGCAGAGUGUUCUUGUAACUUCUCACUAUUCCAUUCAUUUUGUUGGAGGUGUAGAAAAGGAAUAUUCAAGGAAAAAAAUGCCAUUCUCACUUUCUCCCUGUUUUUCCAGAAAAAAAAAAGCUUUUUAAAUUAAUAUUUCAAAGAUUUUUUUUCUCCUAAGCAAUAUGUGAGGGAUUUUUGAAUGGGGAAAAAUGGCAAAAAUAAUUCUAUAAGCCAAUGUUAAAAGAUAAUUUUGGAAUAAUCUUGGAUUUGGUUGAAUAAAGUUCUAUUUAAGGGUAAAAUA